AAAAAGAACAUUUUUCACUGUAGAAACUACAACCCACAGGCAAAGAAACAGUAAAAAGAAAAUAAAAUAGCUAGUUUUAUAUAAAACACUUUUGAAGGAGAGAGAGAGAUGAUAAGGGGAGAAAAAUGUGGAGAAGGGUUAGCAGAAAAGGAGGAAAAUUUGCGUGAAAAGUUGAGUCGGAGGGUAUUAUUGGUAGGGAAUAAGAAAACAAGAGGUCCCUGUACCCCACUCCUUGGAAACUUUACGACUCUGAGGCUCGUCUGCAUCAUUACAACACCCUUCUUCUUCCCCCUCCUCAUGCAGCUGUUUUUGCAAGGAAGUUAGCGGCUUCAUUGUGGGAGUUCCAUUGAUACCCUCGCCAUUAUAAAAUGCAUAGAGGCGGUGUUAACAACACUAAUGGCCGGUACCACCAACGCCGCCACCACAACAAGAACAAAGCCAUUGAUUUUUCUCAUUUCUUGGCUGACCCUUGCCCCAUCUCUGACCCUGACCAGCCAGAGAGUUCUAGCAGUAUGAGGAGGCAUAUUGCUCAAACACUGAUGAAACACCAUCGAUCGAUUGAAAACAAUAAUCAUGCCCUACAGCCUGUAUCGCCUGCAAGCUAUGGCAGUUCAAUGGAGGUGGCACCUUAUAAUCCUGCAGUCACGCCUAGCAGUUCCAUUAGUUUUAGGGGAAGAAUCGGUGAGUCGCAUUAUAAUCUUAAAACAUCUACAGAACUGCUGAAAGUACUAAACCAUAUUUGGAGUCUGGAAGAACAACAUGCAUCCAAUGUAUCAUUGAUAAAAGCAUUGAAGAAAGAAUUAGAUCAGGCCCGUGUUAGGAUCAAGGACUUGCUAAGAGAUCAGCAAGCAUGUCGUCGUGAAAUUGAUGGUUUGACGAAGCAGAUUGCUGAAGACAAAUUGGUUUGGAAGAGUAAAGAACAGGACCGGGUUCAUGCUGCUGUACAGUCAUCAAGGGAUGAACUAGAAGACGAGAGAAAGUUAAGAAAACGAUCCGAGAAUCUACACAGGAAGCUAGCUCAUGAAGUCUCUCAGACAAAAGUUUCUCUUUCUAAUGCCUUGAAAGACCUUGACAGGGAAAGGAAAUCAAGGAAGCUUUUGGAAGAUCUUUGCGAUGAGUUUGCUAAGGGAAUCAAAAGCUACGAACAGGAGGUGCAUACAUUAAGACAGAAAUCCAAUGAAGAUUGGACAAGAGUGGCUGACCACGAUCGUUUGAUUCUUCAUAUAUCUGAAUCAUGGCUUGACGAGCGGGCACAGAUUAAGCUAGAAGAAGCUCAGUCUGGUUUCCACAAACAGAAUUCGAUAGUAGACAGAUUAGGUUUUGAAAUAGAGACCUUCCUUCAAGCUAAACAUAUUGGUAGUUCGGUUUCGAAGCGUACUGAUUAUUUGUCACGAAAGGAUAGGAGGAAGUCACUUGAAUCUAUCCCUUUAAAUGAGGCUGUAAGUGCAGGUAAAGAUGUUUGUGACGAGGAAGAUUCUGAUAGCAGUGAUUCAAAUUGUUUUGAGCUGAACAAACCAAGCAGUGUUGACAUGAAUUCACAUGAAGAUGAAGCUCUAAACCAUGACGGCGAUGUACUAACGAAAUCAAAUCAUGCUGAGAAAAAACUUUCAUCUCAUGAGAAGAAUAAAAGCCGGCAUCCAUCCGGCUUACAAGUUAAAUCUGAAGAAAAGAUGGCCAGAGCUACAAGUAAUGAAAAUAAAAAGUUCCAGUUGGCAGAUUUAGAACAGGAACAUAUUGUAGGGAACACCAAUGAAGCAACAAUUUCGGAAAAACAAGCUACUCAAUAUGGCAACAAGGGAAGAAAGAAUAAGCUUGAUGAGAUACAUGGACUAAGCUCAAAUUAUGUACUGGACAACUUGAUAAGAAAUCAUACCGCAUUGUCGGAAGGCAGGAAUAUGAACGAGGAAAACGACUGUGGUGAGGCUUCUUGUUGUUACGCUCCUUGGAGGAACCAGCCUAGCCCAGUGCGGCAAUGGAUGACGAAAAUUACACCCCCUGAUGUGGACGUAUCGGAGUCUUCUUUGAAGCUACCACCAACAGAGAAGGAUAACACUUUGAAGGCCAAGCUUCUUGAAGAAAGGUCCAAAGGGCAACGUUCUCGUUUAAAAAUAUUCAAGGGCAAGCCAUAGCUCAGAGAGGUGUUUUUACUUUGAACAAUAAACUGAAGAACUCGCUUAACUCACCGGAAUAGCUGCAUCUGCUUUUCUUUUCAGGCCAACAUUGUGGUUUAUAUGAAUACU